AUGGCACUCAAAAGGAUCAACAAAGAAUUGCACGAUUUAGGUCGUGACCCACCAGCUUCCUGUAGCGCUGGUCCUAUCGGAGACGAUCUUUUCCACUGGCAAGCCACAAUCAUGGGGCCUUCUGAUUCGCCAUACUCAGGAGGAGUGUUCUUCCUUGCUAUUCAUUUCCCCACAGAUUAUCCCUUCAAACCACCAAAGGUAAACUUUACAACAAGGAUUUACCAUCCUAAUAUUAACAGUAAUGGUAGUAUAUGCUUGGAUAUUUUGAGAGAUCAGUGGUCACCAGCGCUAACUAUUUCGAAAGUCCUUCUGUCUAUUUGUUCGAUGUUAACCGAUCCCAAUCCGGAUGAUCCACUUGUACCUGAGAUUGCUCACGUUUACAAGACUGAUAGAGCUCGCUAUGAAGCUACAGCUCGAGAGUGGACGCGCAAGUAUGCAAGUGAGUAUGAUAUCGGAUCUCCAUAUUCCUCCUUGGCAUCAUUUGUUUGA